AUGGAUUUUCAAGGGGACCUUCACGGCCACAUCUUCCACAGCGUUACCAUGGAUUUCGCUCCCUUCAUCGACUAUGGCAGGACGCAGGAGCAACCAGGGGGCGUGGUAGUACCUAAGGACUCCAUGGACAUACGUAUCCUGCAGGAGGCCGCCAGGGUGCUCAAUUUUUCCUUCGUGCUAAGGGAACCGAGCGACGGGCAAUGGGGAUACCUCCUGGAGAACAGCUCUUGGACUGGGACGGUGGGCACAGUGCAGCGAGGACAGGUUGACUUCUCCAUGAUGCUCUCAAUCACUUGGGAGAGAACCUACGCUGUGGACUUCACCCGCGCUUAUUUCGUGGAGCCCAUGACCUUCGUGAUGCGCAAGCCCGGCCCCCUACCUCAGUGGCAGGCGCCCGUCAAGCCCUUUAGCUGGCAGGUAUGGGUGAUGGUGACCGUGAGUGUUCUUCUAGCUGGCCCUCUCAUAUGGCUCGUGCUGUCCCUCACGCCUUAUUCUCGUGGACACUCUAAGGAGGAAGAAACAGCAGGAGGAAAGUUGAAGGUGCUGGAGGAAGAUGAUGAAAGCAAUUAUGGUCUGGGUUUGUUGUGUCUCUACAUGGUGGGGCCGAUUUUUGCUGAGUCUGUGCCUCUUAAUCCUAGAGGAUCAAGCGGGCGGGUAUUGUGCGGGCUGUGGUGGUUCUUCUGCAUCCUCACGACCACACUGUACCGCGGGAGUCUCAUUGCCCGUCUCACCGUGCCAGCCCGCAGCCCCACACUGGACACCCUGGAACAGUUGGCGGCGUCUAACCUGGAAUGGGGGAUGCUGGACACUUACGGCUCAGGCUAUCAGCUGUUCCGGGCGUCGCAGGUUCCAGUGUACGUGUCGCUGUUCCAAGAGAUGCAGUACUACAACAUGCAACGCUCCAUGGAACGUGUGCUGAAGGGCAACUACGCUUUCAUCUCCUGGAAAACCUACUUCAGGAAUCUCAUUGCGCGAUUCUACACGGACAGAAACGGUGACACUAAGGUGCACAUCGCUCGUGAGGACUUCUUCCCCGGUGGCUUCGGGUGGGCCUUUCCAAAGAACUCACCUUACCUUAUCAAGUUCGACAAGCUAUUCCAGCGGCUAAUCGAGUCUGGCGUGGUGGAGAAAUGGAUGGAUGACCUGAUCCAACUGUCGGCAUCCGCGAGCAAAGAGAAGCAGGAAGUGGGGGCGGCGGCAGCGGAGGUUGAGGGCCCGCGCGCCUUCACUGUUUAUCACUUGCAAGGCAUAUUUCUGUUCACGGGAGGCGGCAUGUUCCUGGCGCUGCUCGCUCUAGUGGGGGAGGUUCUCAUGGUUCGCUUCUCCGCCCGCACCCACCACUCUGCAGCGCUUUCCUUGGCCAAUCACUGAAGAGGAACGAGGAAACUUCGGCAUCUUUCUCUUCAUAACUGCUUCCUUCUGGCUCUGUUCACUCGACCAAACGUGUUAAUAGCUUGUCUUCUCUCGCUGCUACUACUCUGCAUCAUUGUCCUUGGCUAAUUGCUGGACAGAAACGAGAAAGCUUUGGCAUAUUUCUUUUCAUAAUAGUUCAUUUUAGCGCCAUUCGCUCUAUUAAAAGUGUUAAUUGCUUGUCUCCCUUCACUGCCACAAUUCUGACUAUAAUGAACGGAAUGGUGUGGUAUUGAAGAGGUUACUGGUCUAUGGUUCCUUCCUCAGCCACUACUUUGUAUCUCUUCUGUUUGUUAGUACUAGAUAUGAAUGAGAAAUUGCCAGCCAGUGUGUGUUUGUCCGUCUCCCUUGAUGAUAGGCAGGGAUGUGGUGGUGCCAGAUGCUUAAGUGGCCUGGGAAGUGAAGACCAUGUGAACAAUGCCAGUCUACGUCGAGAUUGAAAUAUUUAGUACAAUGAACCAGUGAUAAGCAUUUGUCGGUUAUUUUGUCCUGUAUCUUUAGGGAUGUUUUCUUAUAUUGAUUCUUUUCAUUCUUCUAUUUUUCAUUUACAAGUUCACCUGUGAUUAUCUGUUUUUUAACUUUCAUGACAAGUAUACGUAUUUUUUUUUUUGUUAUUUUUGGUGGUGUUCUUUUGGUUGUAAUCUUUAUUUUCUAGUUGAUGCUGCUUUCUCUCGUUCUCGUUCUUCUUUCUCUCAUUUUCUUUUUAUCCUUUACUUGCUAAGGCCUCCAGUUAAGGGCAUAAAAUGAAUCAAUAAAAAAAAAAGAGGAAAAAAGAACUCGUGAAAAGCCUCUACCAAAGUACUCUAUUAAUUUACAUCCUUAGUAAAGAUAAAACAAAGUUACAACAGAAGGAAAUCUACAAAGAAGCUGUAGUUAAUUGAAUUUGAUAUGAAAAGGCAAAGAGAGAGAGAGAGAGAGAGAGAGAGAGAGAGAGAGAGAGAGAGAAUUCCCUUUCACCUGCCACUGGGUCGCGGUGCUGAGGUGAACGCACUCUACCUAACUUUAACGACGCUCUAGUUUUGACAGUAAAGCACCAAAGCACACACCCGUAAAAACCAUGAAAUUAAUAAAGAUAAACUCAGCGACCGUCCCUUUAUCUCUCUAAACUACCAAAACAAUUUCCGUGUCGCUGCAGUUUAUAGUACGGCAAAGGUUCACUGACACUGCCCUCCUGGAGCUGCGGACGCAACCCGCCUGCACUGAACAGGAACUUGAAUAAAAGCU